UGUCACGUGAGAAGUCACUUAAUUGACCUUUGAAACUGGAGAGUUCUUUCCGCUGUCAACAUCCGUCGUCUGCAACGAAUGAACAAUGAAUUGGAUGGGAGGAGCUCGUAGUCGUAUAAAGCAACAAGGAGACAAGAAAAUUCAAAAGCAAUUUUUCGAAAGGAAAAGAUUAAUGAAAAGAAAUGAAAAUUUGAACCCAGGUUUUCAAACACCUUUGGGAAGAAAAAGUGCCAUUAGCCAAGAUAUAAAAUCUUUCUGUCUACUAGAACAAAUGCAUUCAAGUUCUAAGGAAAUGUUGUCAACAAGAGAAAACCCACGUCCUGUCAGAAAAAUAGAAAUGAACAUGCCAAAAAUAUCUCGUAAACGUAUGACGCAUCACUCCAGUCUUGGAUCAUCACCUCCUUUCAAUACGCCGUCAAAACUUCUGCUUAUGGAACCGAAGCAUCAAAGAGAUACAAGCUGGAAAAGAAUAUCUGAUAGAAAAGACACAGCUAGCAUGGAUCACAUGUUAACCAAAGGAAACAUUAAAAGCAAGCUUGAUUUUGGAAUCUGUUCCAAAAUAAAUUCAACUGCACAUGAAAAAUCUACAUUCCAACAAGAAAAUCCAUACAUUCCUGAGGAUUUCCAACCAACACCAGUUGUUCAGUACUUAAAGGAUGGACAUGGUAAUUGUAUGGAGAAACUUAGGCAACAUGGACAAUCAUCAGAAGUAUUUCUUCCGUCUUGGACUCCGGCAUCGGUGAAGCAUAAUACAUUUAGGCAUAAAGGAGAUGGCAAAUCAUGCAAGAACAAAGACUUCAAUCAUAAAUUUUGUCAAAACCCUUUCUUUGAAACUCCAAUUGAAUGUACAGAAUCAAAACGGAGAAAAUUGGAAGUGAAUACUCAACAAGAAUCAAAGCGGGUAUUGUUUCACGAUUCUAACAUUUUAAAUAAAUGUUUCCUGAAAGAAAAUAAAGGACGAAUAAAAAAUGAUGGUUCUUCCCCAAUUCUUAAAAGAAGCAGUAUUCUUGAUACUCAAGAUUCUUAUUCUUUAGACUCAAGGUUUCAUCAAACUGUUAAUGGUUUACAAACUUCAGCUUCGAAAACAGUCUCAAAAGGAAGACAAAAAACCUUCGAAAAUCUCAAGUUUAAAAGUCCAUUGGACAAACCAUUGGAUAAAGAAAGUAGGCUCUGUUUAUCACCAACAAACAUGCAGAGAAAGUUAAACACACCCAACAUAACUGACCAAAUGAAGCAGAAUUGGUACACUGCUCAUACUCCAGGAAAUCUUUUAACUUCCACAGAGAGACACUCAGGUGCUAGAAAUAGCAAAUAUACCAAGAAACAUGAUAUUGUUCAUAACAGCAGAAAUUUAUACGAACAUUUUGACAACAACUGUGAAGUAAUCAGAUCAAAUAUCAACAGCAGGGAUGAAAUGAGUCUACUAAUGACAAGCACUCCAGUGGAUAUAAGAAGAAAACCCCUAGAGAUAGUGAUAUCUCCAAUAUCACACACAGCAAAAAAAUCCCUUUUAUUUAAUGAAGAGGGCUUUCAUUCCAACCAAACCAUUUCAGAGGCAUCUGUUUCUAACAAAGACAAACAAGUCUCUUGUCAUACCUCAGUAAUUGGUCAAACAGGUGAUGGAAAUAGCUGUGAUAAGGAUCAAAGUUUUUCAGAGAAGUCAACCAAUCAUUUGGAGGAAGACAUUGCAGAAAUUCUAGCAGAGAUGGACCAGUUAGAAGAGGAUCAAGUGAAGGAGUGGGAAUUUAGUGUUUAUUACAGCCAGACACAAAGUGAGAAAGACAACGAGGAACGAUAUGUUGAACUGAGAAAAAUGAACGAUGAAAAAAUGAAUGAUAUUAAAGACAGCGUAGAGCCAUAUGCUCAGGACGAUACAAAGAUUGGUAAAAUGGAUGACUUCUUUGAGAGGAAAUAUGAUGCUUUGAUUGUGCUCAAAGCCGCAGCAGCCAAGCUUGAAAAAUAUGUUGAACAUUACGAAGCAACUGACUUUGAUGCAGACAAUCACAAAGAAAAUGAUUUGUCAAUAUGUUCAAAUCAAAAUGAAACGCAGCAUGCCAAAGAACAGUGUUCUCUACCUAAGCUUCAAACAAACGGAAAGGAACAGAACUCAGUAAAGCAGCCAUCUGAAGAUUUAGGUUCUUCAGUACAAAAUACUACUGUUGUCAAGGAAGAGACAGGUAAUGCACAAAUUCACUGUUAUAAUAGUGAAAUACAGAGGAAUGCUAAUUUAUCAGACUCAGGAGAGAUUGAAAUAGCCUUAAGAACAGCUUCACAAAUUACGAACAAUACGGAAUCGUGCAAUCAAAUGUCAUCCUCUUGUACAAAUGACAAAAAAUGCAAAUGUAGUGAUUUAUUUGUAUUGCGAUCUUCCAAAGAAUCUCAGACGGAAAUCUACGUCAGAAGCACUGGAAUCGAGACUGACGUGAUUAAUGCCGUGUCCGUGGGGAUACAAUGUGAUCUGCUUCUUGACGGCUGUGAUUGUAAAUUAGAGGCUCCAGAGAGUCAGGACAGUUUUCAUAGCGUUGCAUCUGAUCUUCAUUUCGAAAAUACUAAUCAAAAUAAUUAUCAUCUUCGAUCCAGGAAAAAGAUUUAAACAUGAAUAUGAAAACAAUUGAUAAACCAUACAUAAUAAAACAAUAAAUUGUUUAAUAUAAAAACAAUUGCAUCGUACUGUAUUAGUGACUCUGUUUUCAAUCCUUAUAUACUUAUUAGAUGAAAUAAA